AUGAAUGGCUUGCUGAACACGCACUCCUCGACCACGUUGCAGGCCUCCUUUUGGGACGCCAUGCUGCUGGCAGGACUACCGGACAUCGGUCUGGCGGGCUCCGUGAUGAUCGCCUUUGGGGUGGCUGUGAGCUUCUGGCUUCAACUGCUCUUCUGCUGGAUCGUCGUCACGUCCUUCCUGUCCGGGGACGCCAAAUACGACAUCCAGUACUUGAAGGAGUGGCGCAUCCUCUAUGGCCACAGCGUGAGCUUCUUCGACCACACCUCAGGUGCCUCCCUCGUGAGUAAGGUCUGCCAGGGCAGACCCUUUGAGCGGGAGUGGUGGAACAAUGCGCUCAUCAGCGAGAUCAACGCCUAUUUGACACCAGUCUUUCCGACUGGCUCGAACGACGGCACAGGCUUCACGGUGGGAGUCGUCCUGAGUGCCAUGGCGAUCACCAUCUGGGCCUGCCACAUCACCACGGAGCUGCAGAGCGUCUCCAGCUUCGGGAUGGCGAUUUUGCGCCUGCCCCGCGGCCGCACGGAGGUGUCCCAAGAUGCGGAGGGGAACCGCGCCUUUGAGUCGAUCAGCCGCCGACGUCUGCUGGUGCUGGGCUUCGUGGUGAUCGCCCGCUUCGGCGCCGUGGCCGGUGGGUAA